UGGAGGAGGGAGCACACGGCUGUCUGGGCUCUGCUUUUCAGACAGUUGGGAGCAUUUUGGGGAGCAUAUAGCACCUGUUUACAUAGAACUCGCAGAGGAAUCCACAUCUUCACUGUCAUCUGCAAUUAUAUGUGAAACAUCAACAGUCUUCUGUGGCUCAACCAUCCCAGCACAGGAGAGAGGGACCUUUCCUACCAUAUCCUCAGGGUUAGGAAAGAGAAGGACGAAAUUAUACCAAGCUCUGACAAUCAGCCUUUCUUUAGGAGCUGAUAUGGAUCUUUAUGGCUACCUCCGCCGACUGCUGGUCCAGUCUGGAGCCACAGACCAGGGGAACGAGGCUACGGAAGCCACUGGGUUUUGCAGCCCUUCCCUAUCUGAGCCUGCUGCUUCAGACACAGCAGUGCAAGAGACUUCAGUGUCAGCCAGAGAUGGCAACCCACCUGACACAGAGUCUUCUGGUCCAGGAGUCAAUAUGGGGCUUUUGGACCGUCUCUACCAAAGACUUACUCAGACUAUUGGAUGGACACCUUUCCAAACAGACAGGACAAAUCUGGACUCUAGCCAGCCAGGCCCCACUGACUCUUCUGUCCCAGACACAGAGGAGCAGAAGGUGGCCCAAAAACAAGACCUGACGCCACAAACCCUGGCUGCAGGAGCGGGCAGCCACUCCAGCACUUUCUGUGCUGAGCCUCAUGAUCCAGGCACCAAGAGAAAGGCCUAUUCAUCACCCAGGGGACAGCUCACCCCAAUCAGCAAGGAGGAGGAGGAGGAAAGGCCAAGGAAGACCAGAGGCCUUGCUUGCGUGAGGGACAUGGAUGAGGCUGCCCUGAGGAAGGACAUUGGCAUCCUCUUCCCGGCACUCCACUCCAUGGUGUGUCAUCUCCCCAGAGAGCACCUGGAAGAGAGGAGAGAGGCCCUGGACUCUCUCAUCCAUCUGGCUCGCUUGUUCCUGGUGGAGCUGCUUGUGUUCCUGUUCAGGAGGCUGAACAGGGACGAGGAAGAGGAGACCUGUGCCAGUCUCCUCAUUUUGGACCAGAUAGUCCGAUCCAACAUUUCCGAAAUGACACAGCACACAGAGCAGCUGUUCAUAGCCCUGGGGCCAAUCCUGCAGUGCACAAGCAUACGGGUCAGAGAAGCCCUUGCUUAUUUGAUACGCACAAUGGGGGCACAUGGGCUCUUGGAAAAAUCUACAUCAAGACCCUUAAUUGACUUCUUGGUGCAUCAGUGCACCCUGCCCCUCGACAGCACGGAGGCAGCAGACGGGAGGCACACCAUGGAGCUCGAGGUCCGCCACCUCUGCUCCAGCACCCUGCAGUCCCUGGGUGAUUCCCCCAGAAUGGCCAAUGUUUUAUGGCCUGGGCUGCUCCUUCAGCUGAGCCCAGCAGCCCAUGGGCCAGCCCUGCCUCUCCUCCUGCAGACCUCGGUCGGGGUGGUAAAGAGGCUGCAGGAGGAAGGCAGGCUGCCCUUGGCCGGGAAGUGCGGCAAGGCGAACAGAGGGUGUCGGUCAAGCCCCAGGGCCAGUCUACCCCAGGAACUGCUGGCUCGGCUGCUGGUGCUCGGUGCGUCUUCAUGCAUGACGGUGCAGGUCAGAAGGGCAGCCAUGUUCCUCCUCUUCCAGCUGAUGAGCAUGUUCCAGGCCGGCUCGGGCCAAUACUGGAAUAACUACACGACCGAAAUGCUCCUCUACGUGGAAGAUCACAAGACCUGCUUCUGCCAGAGGGAGUGGGAGCAGCAGCUGCUGCAGUUCCUGGAAGACCUUCUCUUCCUCAUCUCGGACCAUACCUGGCUGGGCUGUUUCAUCACCAGUAUCAGGCGCCAGCUGGCCCACAGCGAUAAGCGGCCCAGUGACAAGAGCUUUCUCUACAAGUGCUGGGGCACCGGGCUGAUGUUAUCUCCAGCAGAGAGCAUCAAGCCCCAGCUAUGGCGCCUGCUGGAGCUGGUCAAUUUCAGAGAAGAAGAGGAAAGAGAGGGAUUCGCCCGAGCGCUUGGGCUGUGUGCCAGGCAACACCUCUAUGAGAUUUUUGCCAUCCUGGAGCACUGGGAAGAGGUCGUCAGCAGGGUGCAGCUCCAGCCUUCUGCUGCUGGCUCUCUGGAGGAGCCAGCUUCCAUCGAGCAGCUGAGAAGCCUCCUGCUCCUCACCUAUGGGCACGUGGUCCACUCAGGCCCCACAGACCUCAUCCUAGAGACCAUAGGAUACAACAUCCUGUCUCCCAUGCGGAAACACUAUUUUCUGAGCCCACAUGACCCGCUGGUGAGAUCUGCAUUUGUGAGAAGCCUCGUGCUGGUGGGUGAAGCUGUCACCCAAGUGAGCAGGAUUCCCUUGGUUAGCCAGGACACAUACACCGUGCUGUCCCCCCUGCUGGAGAUCCUCAGAGGCAAGGACCGGACCCGGCUGCAGAGCCCCGACCACAAGUGUGCCCUGCUGGCCAUCUCAUACAUAGGGAAAUUCCAGCCUCACCUGUCUAAGGAGCAGGUGGCUGAGACCAUCAGCACUUGUGUCACCAGCUACAUGGUUCAGCGUCCAGCCCUGGUGAAGCUGAGAGGGACUGAGGUGGCAGAGAGCUCCGCUAUCCGGGCAGAGUCUCUCCAAGAACUGCCCUGGGAGGGCCUGGAUCAUGUGCUGCAGACAUUCCUGGAACAGCACCUGACCCCCACCACUCUACUGCAGCUGUUUCUGCACUUGCAGCCAUGGAUCUGCUCCCCCCGGGCCCAGGAGAGGAGCCGAGCUGUGAAAGCCAGCGCCCGGCUCCUCAUGUUCUAUCGAUUCAAGGCCAUGACCGAGGACCUGAAACCCAUGGUGGAGCAGGGCUACAUGGCCGGGCUGCUGACAAGCCAGGCCUUCGAUGCUCAGAAGACCACCCGAUACUGGGCAUAUCAGGCUCUCUACUGGCUCUUCACGCCUUGCACAGCCGUCGUGUACAGCAAGACAGGGGCGUUGUUGACUGUGCUGAGCAAGACACAGCAGGAUGCCAGCUGCAGAGAGAGCCCUGCCCAUGUUGCUAUGCUCAUCGCGGAACACCUGCAGUCCCGUGACCUCAUGCCCUUCAGCUUCACCCUGCUGGUGGGCCUGCUGGAGAAGGGGGAGUGUGCUGAGCAGCUGGCGGGCGUCAUGGAGGCGGUGCUGAGACAGCAGAAAUCAGAGCUACAGGGCCAAGUGCAGGAUCUCCAAGCCGCUCUUUCCUACACACUGAGCCCACCCCGGGGAGAGCGGCUGAGUGAUGGGACAAGAGACAUCCUCCACCUACUGGCCAGGCAGCACACCAAGACCGCAGUCAACAUCCUCCUGAAGAUGCCCUGGCCUUACAAACACCACAUCAAGGCCAUCUGGAGGUUCCUGGGUGCAGACCCCAUGCUAACCAGGGAGGUACUCCACAUCCUGCUGGACGACAGCCCGGAGAAGGGCUGGGCUAACCCUGGACAGACCCAGGACAGGAGCUGCCCCCAGCCAGCCCGGCUGCCCCCGACGACCAUAUACGGCCUGUGGGAGCUGAUCGGGGCCUUGGGGCAAGGGGACACCCUGGAGGGAUGCGAGGACGACCUGUUCGCCUCUUGCUUCCUUGCCAUCGCCUGCCCCCCGGCACAACACCUCUUAGGAGUCCAGCAGGACCGGCCCAGUGACACCAGUCCACGCAGCAUGGCCGUGCAGGCCCUGGCACGGGUGCUGCGCCUCAGGGGCAGUCAGCCAGCUGUGGAACUAAUGGACCAGGAGCAAGGCUGGCAGCUGCUGGAAGAGGCCCAGCCCGAGGGGUUCACUCUCCUUAGCAGAGCCAUAGUGAGCCACCCAAACCUGGCCCUGAAGAGCAUCCCACAGCUUCUCCUUCCCAGCCUGCAGGCCAGCCAGGAGGGUGAACGCAUGGCCUGCACUGCCCUGUUCGCAGAGUUCCUCGGCAGCCCCCUGCUGAUGGAAAACGAGCCCAAGGCCAUGCGGAAGCAGGUGCUGAAGGCCAUGCUGCAGCAGACGCAGGACAGCAACAUCCACAUUCGUGGCAGAGCCCUGCAUGGCCUCAGGAACGCAGUGACCGCGUUCCCGGACAAGGUCAGGAAGAAGCAAGACCAGAUUCUGGCGAGCUUUGUCCACGGCGUAUGCCAAUCCUGCGACCCCUGCGCCAUUCUGGACGCGACGGAAGGGCUCUGCUGGAUGCUGCGGGACCCCAAGGCGCCUCUGAAGGCGCAUGUUGCCAUUCCGCUGGCCAUGCAGGCGAGAACAUUCUUUGAGGAUGAGAACAGCAGCCUGAGGCGGGCCUCCAUCGAGCUCUUUGGCCAGCUCAGCAAGUUUGUUUCCAAGAGGUCAUCCCGCUUCGGGGCUGAGGUGGAGAAGAGCAUGGGGACGCUGCUGAUCCGCCUACAAGACGGGGACCCCCAGGUGGCCCAGGCGUGCAGGGUGGCAUUGCUGCACUGCGCACCCUUCCUGAGCUACCAGCCCCUGCGCACACUCGUGCGGAGCCAGCUGGCCGAGGGAGCGGCCCCCGCCAUCCCCACCUUCCUGAGCGAAGCCUGCAGGACCCUGCUCCAGGACUGCCCAGGGAGGCUGAGCAAGAAGGCUGCCCUGAGAGCAGCAGCUGCCCAACAGCUGAUCGAUUCUCUGCCACCCAACUGGGAAAAGUCUCCAUGUGUGUCAAAGACAGGAGAGCUUACGGUCCGAAACAUCAAAUUCCUGGAAGCUGAGAGGGAGAAGUUUGAAAGCACCCCUUGGGGAACCUACUCUGAUUACCAGACAAUGGCAGGAUUAACUGCCUCAAGUACCAUGUCACUAAUCCAGCAUGCCAGGGACAUCAUAGCGUGCAAAGGCAAACCCGGUGGUUUACGAGCAGCUGUUUUGCUUGACCUAGAUACAGAAUUCUAGUUUUGCCUGGGAGGGGAAGGAACACGAGAUUCUUUGAAAGCGCUGCAGCUUUAAGCACCAGAGAGGCAAAGGGCUCCUCAGAUUUUCAGCCUUCAGUAAAAUGUGGCAGCCCUUACAGAGACAAGCAAGAAACUGCCUGGAGACACAGAAUGGCUCCCCUGAAGUCACAAACCUUUGCUAACCUGUCACCACCUGCUGGCGAAGGAAGCAGCACACCAUUCACUGCUCCCGGUCUGGCCACACAAACGCGCUUGGCAGCUUCACUGAGUCAAGACAGCACUCGCCAGAUGUUCUGGCUCCCUCAAAAGUACUCUAAUGACCCAGCUUUGCAGGGCAAAGCUGAGGGGUUUUUUUUGUUUCUUUUUUGGGGGUGUGUCCAAAGAAGGGGAGGAGAUGGACGAAUGACUCAGCUGAACCAAAGCCUGUGGGCUGCACUUCCACAGGCGCAUCUUUUUUGGAUUUUUUUUAAAGCUGCAGUUCCAAAGGAAUUUGUUGGGGGAAGUUCUGGGUUAUACAGGCAGUCAGAUGAGAUUCUAAGACCAGAAGGGAUGGUUGUGCUCUAUGACCCUUGCUUGCUGACAUCCCCCAGUUCAGAGUCCAAAAGGGAAGAGUUCAAAGGGAGGCUCAAAGCACUGUUGAAAACCAGUCAGGCUAUCCAGUACCUUAGAGCACCUUCAGACAUUGCCACUAUUUGCAUCUCUUGGAUUCCCCACUCAUUAUGAAUGGACUUACAGUCUGUAUUCAGUGCUCCUUAGCAUGUGGCUUGGGAUACCCAAUGCCAGCUGGCUGAGCUUUUCUGGUAGUUCCACCUGUGUAUUUAUACAACCCAAUUACCUCAUGGGGCUUCCUCACCCAACGGCAAGAGACAGAAAGCAGAGAGGAAAAACUAUUAAACUGUUCCACAAAAUACCGAGCCAUAUAAAGUGCAAUGUUACCACUGAGGCUAAAAAAAUUCAAGGUUCACGUCAGGGUGGCUGCAUGUUUAGUGGCCUAAACACCAUGACUGUGGAUGUGAUAGACCUCAACCUCGAAGCACUGGAUGUAGGCAAAGGGAGUGCUGAAGACAGCUCAAAAUCAACAGAGAAUCAGGCUAAAGACAACUGUUAAUGUGUUAAGGAACCAAAAAGGAUUGAUUUGUUAUUUAACAGCCCUGCUGCUAACAAGACGGAGGGAGAGAGUUGGGGUGUUUUUUUGGACAUUUCCACUGGCUGGUAAAUUGUAUUACCCCAUUUCCCAGACUGACUCAAGGGGUUGGGGGGGGUCAACCCCUUCCCCAGCAGCUUUAGUGGAACUGAAAUUUACAGGGCUGAUUACUUCCGUAUUUGUUCUGAUCUAUAGCAGCUGGGAUGACCUCCCAACUCCAGGGGAAGAAGUGGCUAAUUAUUGUCUCUCCGCCACCACAAAAUGUUGCAACUGCUACAAAAUAAAGGGAGUUUCACACCUCUGAACAGGGACUGGGAAUUGCUUACAAAUUAGUGUCUGGAAUCCAGAGGCGAUACCCUAGCAGAUAAAUUAAAGGGCAAGUCAAACAUUGGUCAUUUGUGAGUGUUCUAAACAGAGAUCAAACUUUCAGGUUUACUAUCUUCUCCCACCAACUCUAAUUCUAUUUUUAUUAAAGGAGUGAUUUCCUCAGAUGCAUCUUCCUCCCUUCCCUCUGGAGAGUGUGUGUCAAAAUCUCAUUGUGUAUGAUCAAGAAGGAAGAAGAAUCUAUACACAAUGAUUAGCCCUGAUAUUUUAAUGGAAAUACUGCUCUACAGUCAAGUUUACAACAUUUGUAUAGAAAUCAUCACAUGGAUAGGUGGCCAAGGAUCAUAUUACAGAAUACAAAAAGCAAUUUAAAGUAAAAAGAAAUCUUUGCUAUUGCACAGGCUGGGAUCAGAGCUUGGAGCUCAGAAGUCAGACGUCGGGAGGGAUGAAAGCUGUAGGUGAAUACCCUGCUGCAGGAGGAGAUCUCCUUGUUUUAUUGGGUUUUUUUCCUAGGUACCUUGAACAACAGGAAUCCCGCCAUGUUAACCCCAUUCCGCUCAAACAACAUGCAGGCACAGAUUCUUGGACAAAACACCCACAAAGCAGCAGCAGCUGUUACUUCCAAGCUGGUAAAGUCUAAAUUAUCCAGACUUCCACUUCCAGAUCAGCUUUAACAUACAUUGAAAAGAAACACCUGAGGGUUGGGUGAGGCGCAGGGGAGUGUGUGUAAAACCUUUGAAAUGGAAGAGGACACAAUAAAACCCCCUUCCUGGAACAGAGUUCAGAAGAGGACUUGGAAAAGCAGCAAAGCUGCAUUCACAGCUCUCCAGCUGAGACAACGGAAGCUGUUCGGGCACAACUGGCAGCAUUGUUUUGUGCAAGGAAAAGAUGCCUCCUCUGAGGAGGAGAGACAGUGCAGUUGGGUCUGUCGUGGCUUACGAAGUCCAUGCCAACUUGUCUGAAAACCAAAAUCUUCCAAUGCUUAAAUAUAUGCCAGCACUAAACUUCUAUGCUUAAAAAAAUAUAUAUCCCAUUUGUGGAUUUCACUAGUGAAAUGCGUCACACAGCCUACCCGCCUUGCCACUCACACACACACACACACACACACACACUCACUCUAAUGAAAUACUGGUUUGGUACUUAGGAUGUUUUCUCCAAUACCGAGAGGGAAAAUACAUAAGCACAAUCAACCCCAGCUAGGUAGCUCAGCAACACGUCCCAAAAGCAAAGGUUCUCUGAGCUGGAAGACCAGGUGGAUAAAAAUUACCCACCCAAAAAAAUAAUUAAAAAAAUUAAAAGUGAAGAUAUAUAAAUAUAUAUUAUAUAACAGGCUGCUUAGAACAUGGUCAUGUUCACCACAAAACACACACAUUGAGGGGAGAAGGCAGAGGCAGAUUGUGAAGCCAAUAAUAAAAUGGUCAAAUGUCCCCUCUCCGCACUGCAAACUGCAUGCUGCGUGGUGCCUUUCAGAACAGGAACAGGGCUGUGGGUGAGCGAGUGUCUUCCUCAAUAAGAACCAAGACGUAUUUUUAUUUACAAAAGAGAGAAAAGUUUCCACACAAAAGCACUACAAUGAUAACUCCCUUUGGUAAAAAGUGUAAUAAAUGGCUCCAUAGGUCUGUUUGUAGGUACUAACUCUCAAGCCACCUAGUACUAUGGUACACAAGAAGCUGGUACAGUUAUGCUAGCACAUCAAGCAAACUUUCUUUAAUAAAAAACAACAAAAAAAUUGACAAUAUGUACAUUUAUUUACAAAAAGGAAGGGGAACAUGUUAAAAUUGUGUUGUUUCUGCUGUGUGUGCGUAUGUGUGUGAAAAGCUGGUGCAUGGCACUAGGAAAGACUAGUAAAGAA